UUGUCAAAUUAGCAGACAAAUCUUCUUGUAGAAAUUAGCAAUGUCAAAUACCUAGACAAUAUAAUAAUACAUAAUUCAUAAUGAAUAGAAGCAUGUCUUGAUGCCGUGUGUCUACUGCUAUGGUGGAGCCGAUUUCUACCAAUUAUAUACCAAUAUAUUAUAUAUUUUAUCAGAUACUGUGCCUUCCUUAGAUUAAAUAUGCUAGUGCAGUGGGUGGCCGUGUUGUCUUGACGUUGCAAUUGCAAACCAGAGUUAUUUGAAGAUGAUGUAAAUAUUGGACGGUUGACCUUAACAGCAUGAAGAAAUAAACGUUCGAAUAAAAUCGAAGUAAAAAAUCAUAAACAUUAUGGAGGAUAUUGAAAGUGCAAAAUCUGAAAAUUCAAAUAUACGCAGAAUUCAAAACAAACUUCUCCAGUGGGAGAUUCCUGACCAUCCACUGGCUCCUCUGUCAACGGUUCAACGUGAAAUCUUCUUUGAAUUAUCUCAGGUAGUUACUGGUUCUUAUGAAGAAUUUAUUAGAAAUGAAGAUUUCGAGCAAUGUUCCAUGCAAGAGUUUUUAAAAUCUUACUCAGAAGUUGAAGAUAGAUUGAUAAAAAAUGAUGAUGAAACAUAUGAAUCAUAUUUUUCGCAGUUAUCUCUUAGAAGUUCUGAAUGUGACGCCUUACUCAAAAUAAUUGAUGAUUCAGUUCAAGCAUUAAAUGAAUUGGCUUCUGAACACAGCUUAGUAUCAGUUAAUACAAGUUUAUUAAAUAAUGCAAGUGAGCAUCUGCUUUCAGAUCAAAAUAAAUUAAACAUUAUCUGCAAUGAUAUAUGUGAUAGAUUGCAAUACUUUAACCAAGCUGAAAAACUAGGACAACGGUUAUCUUGUGGGAAAACAUUAGCAGUUACUAGUGAUUCUUUUAUUCAAGUUCUCAAUAAAAUUGAUGAAUGCAUAUUGUACAUGAAAAACCAUCCGAAUUGCAAAGAAGCUCCAAUUUUUGAAGCAAGGUAUAGGCAUUGUUUGUACAAAGCUAUUACUCUCAUUCGCAAUUAUGUCAUGCAAGUUCUAAAUAAUGCAACAGACCAGGUUAUAGGUUCUAAACUACAAUUACAAAAUGGUUCUGAUAGUUUUGCCUUGUUCUAUGGAAAAUUUCAAACAUGCAUUCCUAAAAUAAAAAAGAUAAUUGAGGAAGUUGAAAAGAGAUGUGAAGUUUAUGAUGACUAUAGGCUAUUACUUGCAGAAUUGCAGAACCAUUUCAUAUCUCAGAGAAUGCAAAUUAUGACCAAUGAUGUUCGAGGUACUAUUCUAAAUCUUUGCAAUGAUGGAGAGAACAGUUCAGUUCAUCAUGGUGAUCAUUGCGCACUUGUUCGAAAAAGUUGUGCUUUUUUGAUUCAUAUUUGUCAGGAUGAGUAUAGAUUGUUCUGCCAAUUUUUUACAGAAAAAAGUCCACAACUUUUUGACUAUCUGCAUGGAUUGUGUUCUACAUUGUAUGACAUGUUGAGACCUUUAAUAAUCCAUAUAAAUCAUUUAGAAACCUUAGCUGAGCUUUGCAGUAUUUUAAAAGUGGAAAUGCUUGAUGAACAUGUUCAAAAUAAUUCUGAAGCUCUGGAAGCAUUUUCACAAAUUGUGUGGCAACUUCUGCAGGAUGUUCAGGAAAGAUUGGUUUUCCGAGCUCACUUAUAUUUACAAACUGAUAUUCUGCAAUAUUCUCCCGCCCCUGGCGAUCUUGCUUAUCCUGAAAAGUUGGAAAUGAUGGAGAGCAUAGCACAAUCUCUACAAGAGCAUCCGCUGCGGAGGUCAGAUUCAAGAUCGUCUAUUUCAUCUACUACUUCUAAUACAUCUCAAGAAGUAGCUAGAAUAAAUUCUGAUCAAGCAAAAUCCAGAUUAAUUAGUUCUCCAGCUGAUCUGCAUGGAAUGUGGUACCCUACAGUGAGGCGCACACUAGUCUGUUUGUCUCGAUUGUAUCGCUGUGUGGACAGACCGAUUUUCCAGGGUUUAUCACAAGAGGCUCUGUCAUUAUGUAUACAGAGUGUAGCAAGCGCUGCACAAUCAAUAUCUUCAAAAAAGACAAUUGUUGAUGGUGAAUUAUUCCAAAUCAAACAUCUACUGAUCUUACGCGAACAAAUUGCCCCAUUUCAAGUUGAUUUUACUGUGAAAGAAAUGCGAUUGGAUUUUAGCAAAGUGAAGACUGCUGCUUUUGGUUUACUUCAGAAGCGAAAGCAAUUGUUUUCUUUGGGAACUAAUAAUGCGAUUUUGGAGUUUUUACUUGAUGGAACGCCCCAAGUAAAGGAACAAUUGCUAGAUUCUCGUAAAGAUGUUGAUCGUCAACUGAAAACUUCCUGUGAAAAUUUUAUUCGAACAUCAACUAUUUUAUUGGCUGCACCUCUUCUUGAUUUCAAUAAUAAGGUUGCAACAUUUUUUCAAAAUGUAGAUGAAAACAAGCUGUCAACUACACUUAAAUCACAACCUUGGGCUGGACCCAAAGAGAUUGGUGCGAUAGUACAGGAAACUCAAAAAUUAAUGAAAGCCAGGCUUGCUGGUCUUCAAAGGUCCCUUCAGUUGUACCUUUCGAACAAGGAUACUGAAUUCAUACUGUUCAGGCCUAUUAGGAAUAAUGUUGUAGGGGCAUUUGUAAAGCUAGAACAGAAUUUAAACAAUGGUGGCUAUACCUCUGAUGAAAUAAUUAUUGCUGGGUGUCCAACUCCAGAACAAGUGUCGGUCUUGCUUUCUUCAGCCAGUUUAGUGGCUGAAGGUAUUCCUAGUCAACCACAUUCUAAAGAAUUUACACGUAAGAUAAGUUCUGCAAGGAAAGAACUAACAGUUGCUGAAGAAUCACCUGAAAUAUUCACUUCUCAACAAGAAUCUAAAAUUGAUGAUCCAGAAUGAACCCUGCUCAAGUAAAAUUGUUUUAAAAUCAAUAAUAUAUAAUUUAAAAUCUAG